UCUCUCUCUCUCUGAGACUACGGGGGCGUUCAACGAAUUGCUCCAUCACUGGCUGGAUCCAGGAGCCCGGCCUCUUCUCUCAUUGGACUGUGCAGCGAAGCCAAGCUGUCAGCCCAUGUGGCGUGGCCAGGCAGAAUGUGAGACAUUUAAAUCCAUCAGAGAAAACGAUUCAGAAGAAGCAGAGGCUUAGGUUAACCGCGUAGACAGUGAAACGACAGCCAUUCCUCCCUACAGUUACAGUGAGAGGAACACUGGGCAACACAGUAAUUCAGCAUGGAUGACAUAGUCAUAGCAGGGAUAUCGGGCCGUUUGCCCGAGUCCAACAACCUGGAAGAAUUCUGGGAAAACCUCUUCAAUGGUUUGGACAUGGUGACGGAGGACAACCGGCGGUGGACACCAGGUCUGUACGGUCUUCCAAAGAGGAAUGGUAAAUUGAAGGACAUCAGCCACUUUGAUGCAGCCUUUUUUGGAGUCCACCCCAAACAGGCCAACACCAUGGACCCCCAGCUCCGUCUCAUGCUGGAGAUUGCCUACGAGUCUAUCAUAGACGCAGGACUGAACCCAGCCACACUGCGCGGCAGUAAGACUGGCGUCUACAUCGGAGUCAGUGGCUCGGAGGCCGGCGAAGCAUUUAGCAAAGAUCCAGAGGAGCUCCUGGGCUACAGCAUGACUGGCUGCCAGCGUGCCAUGUUGGCCAACAGACUCUCCUACUUCUUUGACUUCAACGGCCCCAGCACUGCCAUCGACACAGCCUGCUCUUCUAGCUUGCUGGCUUUAGAAAAUGCCUUCCAGAGCAUUCGCCAGGGCCACUGUGAUGCUGCUUUGGUGGGAGGCGUCAACCUGCUGCUCAAGCCAAAUACCUCGGUGCAGUUUAUGAAACUGGGCAUGCUCAGUCCUGAGGGGACCUGCAAGUCCUUUGACUCAUCAGGAAACGGAUACUGCCGUUCCGAGGCAGCAGUGGCAGUGCUGCUGACCAAGCGGUCUGUGGCUAAAAGGGUCUAUGCCACAGUGGUCAAUGCUGGCAACAACACAGACGGAUACAAAGAGCAGGGUGUAACAUUUCCUUCAGGCGAGAUGCAGCAAAGGCUGGUUAGUUCUCUUUACCAGGAGGCAAAUAUAAGUCCAGAGGAGGUGGAAUACAUUGAAGCCCACGGCACAGGAACAAAGGUUGGCGACCCACAGGAAGUAAACGGCAUCGUCGGUGUGUUCUGUCAAUCAAAGCGAGAGCCUCUGCUCAUUGGGUCCACCAAGUCCAACAUGGGCCAUCCCGAACCUGCUUCUGGUCUGGCUGCCCUGGCUAAGGUGGUGCUUUCUAUGGAGCGAGGAGUUUGGGCUCCCAAUCUGCACUUCAACUCUCCUAACCCUGACAUUCCAGCCCUUACCGAUGGUCGGGUUCAAGUUGUUGACCGGCCUAUUCCCAUCCGAGGCGGCAUUGUAGGCAUCAACUCCUUUGGAUUUGGAGGUUCAAAUGUCCAUGUGAUCCUUCGUCCAGCUGAGAAACCAGCUCAUGCGAAUGCGCUGCCCAGGACAGUUCCAAGGCUGCUUCAGGCCUGUGGUCGUACGGAGGCCGCUGUGAAGGCCAUGCUCCAAAAGGGGAAGGAACACACCGCAGAUGACAGCUUCCUGUCUUUGCUGAAUGAGGUGUCAGGUGUUUCUACUGCCAGCAUGCCCCACAGGGGCUUUGCUUUAAUUGGCUCUCAGAGUGAUGUCAUGGAGGUGCAGCAGGUACAGGCCACUGCCAGGCCACUCUGGUACAUCUGUUCAGGUAUGGGAACACAGUGGGCGGGUAUGGGCCGCAGUCUCAUGCAGCUGCCAGACUUCCGAGAGUCCAUCUUGCGAUCAGAUACAGCGCUGAAGGACACCGGCCUGGUUGUGUCUCGGCUACUCAUGGAGGCAGAUGAUGCCACUUUUGAAGACACUGUUCAUGCUUUCGUUGGCCUCGCAGCUAUACAGAUAGCUGAGAUUGACCUCCUCACUAAGCUGGGUCUGCGUCCUGAUGGCAUUGUAGGACACUCAGUGGGAGAGCUGGCCUGUGGCUACGCUGACGGUUCCCUCAGCCAUAGUGAGGCCAUCUUGGCUGCUUACUGGAGAGGCCGCUGUAUCAAGGAGGCCAACCUUCCUCCAGGAGGCAUGGCUGCUGUCGGGUUAACCUGGGAGGAGUGUAUGGCUCAAUGUCCUAAGGGAGUGGUCCCAGCCUGCCACAAUGCUGAGGACACCGUCACCAUCUCUGGUCCUCAGGAUGCAAUCAGUACAUUUGUGUCUGAGCUAAAAGAGCAGGGAGUGUUUGCAAAGGAGGUGCGCAGCGCUGGUGUCGCUUUCCACUCCUACUACAUGGCUUCCAUUGCUCCAACCCUGCUGGCUGCCCUAAAGAAGGUGAUCAAGGAGCCACGGCAGCGUUCCCCCCGCUGGGUAAGCACCAGCAUCCCUGAAUCUGAGUGGGACUCUCCUCUGGCUCUGUACAGCUCGGCUGACUACCACGUCAACAACCUGGUGAGCCCUGUGCUGUUCCACGAGGGCCUCAGUCUGGUGCCUGAAAACGCUGUGGUGGUGGAGAUAGCGCCUCACGCUCUGCUGCAGGCCAUCCUGAAGCGCAGUUUGAAGUCCACGUGUUCCAUCCUCCCUUUGAUGAAGAGAGGCCACACCGACAACCUUGAGUUCUUUCUCACAAACAUUGGCAAAAUCUACAUGAGCGGCAUCAACGUGGAUGCUAACAGCCUCUGCCCAGCGGUGGAGUACCCUGUGCCUGUUGGUACCCCUCUCAUCUCCCCUUUGGUACAAUGGGACCAUGCCCAGACCUGGGAUGUCCCCAAGGUAGAGGAUUUUUCCUAUGGCUCAGGAGGAUCUAAUUCUACAUUUGUCUAUAAUAUCGACAUAAACCCAGAGUCUACAGACUACUACCUAAUUGGACACUGCAUUGAUGGGCGUGUCCUAUACCCAGCAACUGGUUACUUGGUGCUGGCCUGGCGUACCUUGGUGAGAAGUCUGGGGGUUGUAAUGGAAAGCACACCUGUAAUCUUUGAAGACGUUACAAUCCACAGGGCCACCAUCCUGCCAAAAACUGGCUCUGUCCAGUUAAAGGUACAUCUCAUGCCUGCCACCAACAAGUUUGAGGUUUCAGAGAAUGGAAACCUGGCAGUCAGUGGUAAGGUGAGCAUUCUGGAGGAUGCAGCCCUAGACUCAUUCCGUAGUCAGAUGAAUCAGAAAGCUGCCAACAACGAGGGUGACCCCAAAAUGAAACUCACAGCACAUGAUAUCUACAAAGAGCUACGACUGCGCGGCUAUGACUAUGGCAAGACCUUCCAAGGCAUCUUGGAGUCCAAUAAUGCAGGAAAUAGUGGGAAACUGGAGUGGACAGGGAACUGGGUGACCUUUCUGGACACCAUGCUGCAGAUGAUUGUGGCCGGGCUUUCGGGUCGUAGUCUGCGUUUGCCCACUAGGAUCCGCUCAGUGUGUGUUGAUCCAACUAUCCAUCUGGAGAAGGUGUGCAACUACACUGAUGGGAAGCAAGCGAUGGAUGUCCACGUAAAUCACUGCCUAGACCACAUUGUUGCUGGCGGAGUCCAGAUCUGCGGUCUGCACGCCACUGUGGCCCCCCGUCGACAGCAGCAGCAGAGUCCCCCCACCCUAGAGGAGUUUGUGUUUGUUCCCUAUGUGGACACAGAGUGCCUGGCAUCCAAUGUGAAACUUGCUCAACAGCUGAGGCUCUGUAAAGGUUUAAUCUGUAGACUGCAACAAAAGUUGGCCCCCCAUGGUGUCAAGCUCUCCAUCCCCGGCUUACAAGGGGAGUCAGACGGCCCUCUUCCCAGCCCAGAGCCCUCUGAGCCCUCCCUGGUGCGGCUGCUGGCCCUGCUCUGCAGCCUGGAGCUUAACGGGAACCUUCGAUCUGAACUAGAACAGACUGUGGAGAAGGAGAGGGCAUGUCUGCUGCAGGACGGGCUGCUGCAGGGCCUGCUAGACAACCAUGCCCUCAGACACUGCCUGGACACCACCCUAGAAAACAUCAUGCCCGGCAAGAUUAAAGUCCUGGAGGCUCUCUCCAAUGAUGGUCAGCUCUUUUCUCGUGUGGUAGCGCUCCUUAACAUCCAGCCCCUGCUGCGUGUGGACUAUACUGCCACAGCGACCAACCUAGACCUUCUGACCCCCCACCAGGCCACCCUGGAGGAGCUGGCAGUCGCCUCGGCUCAGUGGGACCCCUUGAUGAGCCCGGCUCCUGGAAGUAUACUAGGAGGGGCAGACCUUGUGGUGUGUAACCAUGCCUGGGGCCCUCUAAUGACGGAUCCCGGACUUCUUUUGGCAAAUUUGGCUUCCGGAGCCAAACAAGGGGGGUUUGUUCUCCUCCACACACUGCUGAAGGGAGAGACUCUGGGGGAAACAGUUGCCUUCCUUUCCAGCACUGCUCAGAGCACCUGCCAGCAAGGACUGCUCACACAGGCUGAGUGGGAGAAGGUGAUCUCUGAGGCAUCCCUCAGUCUGGUGACUGUAAGGAAGUCUUUUUACGGCUCAGCCCUUUUUCUGUGCCGCCGUCGUUCUCCAGGCAAACGGCCCAUUUUCCUACCUGUGGACAGCACCAACUACGAGUGGGUGGAAACUCUCAAGGCAACGAUGUUAGAGUCAUCGGACUCUCCAGUAUGGUUGACUGCGUCUCAUGCCCACUGUGGCAUUGUGGGAAUGGUCAACUGUCUACGCCAGGAGCCAGGUGGCAACCGAAUACGCUGUGCGUUUGUGUCCAAUCUAAACGAGUCUUCAGCAACACCGAGCCUUCAGUCGGUGCUGGAAGGGGAUCUGGUUAUGAACGUGUUCAGAGACGGACACUGGGGUGUCUUCAGGCACCAGCUCAUCACUCAGGAUCUAAAUGAAGAAUUGACCGAGCAGGCCUACGUUAAUGUGCUGACUCGAGGUGACCUCUCUUCUCUGCGCUGGAUUGCCUCCCCACUCCGCCACUUUGUGACCAGCAACCCAAACGUGCAACUGUGUCGCGUCUACUACAGUUCACUCAACUUCAGAGAUAUAAUGCUGGCCACUGGAAAAUUGCCACCAGAUGCUAUUCCAGGUGACCUAGCUCUUCAGCAGUGCAUGUUGGGUAUGGAAUUUUCUGGUCGUGACAGCAUUGGUCAGCGUGUGAUGGGGCUGCUGCCUGCCAGAGGCCUGGCAACAAGUGUCGAUGCUGACAAGCGGUUCCUCUGGGAUGUUCCCUCAAGCUGGACACUGGAGCAGGCAGCAUCAGUGCCAGUGGUCUACGCCACAGCCUACUACUCCCUGGUGGUGCGCGGCAGGCUCCGACCCGGAGAGACUGUUCUCAUCCACUCUGGGUCAGGGGGCGUCGGCCAGGCUGCCAUCGCCAUAGCACUCAGCAAGAAAUGUAAAGUCUUCACUACAGUUGGCUCAAAGGAGAAGCGGGCCUACCUGCAGGAGAGGUUCCCUCAGCUCUCAGCAGAGUCCUUUGCUAACUCCAGAGACACCUCUUUUGAACAGCACAUCCUGCUCCACACACAGGGCAAAGGUGUGGAUGUGGUGUUGAAUUCUCUGGCUGAGGAAAAACUGCAGGCUAGUAUUCGCUGCCUAGCCAGACAUGGACGAUUCCUGGAGAUUGGCAAAUAUGACCUGUCCAACAACUCUCCACUGGGCAUGGCUCUGUUCCUGAAGAAUGUGGCAUUCCAUGGCAUUCUGCUGGAUGCUCUCUUCGAAGAGGGUAACCAGGAGUGGGAGGAAGUGUCCAAGCUGCUGAAGGAAGGCAUUAUUGGAGGUGUAGUUCAGCCUCUAAAGACCACAGUGUUUGAGAGGGACCAAGUGGAAGAAGCAUUCAGAUACAUGGCUCAGGGCAAGCACAUUGGCAAGGUCCUCCUGCAGGUCCGUUGUGAAGAGAUGGGUUCGGCAGUUCAAACUGCUUCCCCUUUGUCUUUUCCAGCUAUCUGUCGCACCUUCUGUCUCCCCUCCCACUCGUACAUUAUCACUGGUGGACUGGGGGGCUUCGGUCUAGAGCUUGCACAGUGGCUGACGGAGAGAGGUGCCAGCAAACUGGUGCUGACCUCCAGAUCAGGCAUUAGGAACGGUUACCAAGCAAAGCGAGUGCGUGAAUGGCAGAGUCGUGAUGUGGAGGUGCUGGUGUCGACCAAUGAUGUCAGCACACUCAAGGGAACAGAGAAACUCCUUGCCGAAGCCUGCGCACUGGGCCCAGUGGGGGGUGUCUUCCACCUGGCCAUGGUGUUGAAAGAUGGCAUGUUGGAAAAUCUGACUCCUCAGCUCUUCCUUGAUGUUAACAAACCUAAAUAUGAUGGAACCAUCAACCUGGACAAAGUGACAAGAAAGUUGUGUCCAGACCUCAGGCAUUUCGUGGCCUUCUCCUCGGUCAGCUGCGGCCGUGGCAACGCUGGCCAAAGCAACUAUGGUUACGCCAACUCAGCCAUGGAGCGUGUGUGUGAAAAGCGCCGCUACGAUGGCUUACCUGGACUGGCGGUCCAGUGGGGUGCCAUUGGCGAUGUGGGCGUGGUGCUUGAGACCAUGGGUGGCAAUGACGCGGUGAUCGGUGGCACCCUACCACAGCGCAUCACAUCCUGCCUGGAGGUGCUCGACCUCUUCCUAUGCCAGCAGCAACCAGUGAUGUCUAGCUUUGUACUGGCAGAGAGGACGGUAGUAAAGAGCGAGACAGGAAGCCAGAGAGACUUGGUGGACGCUGUAGCUCACAUUCUUGGUGUGCGGGAUUUGAACAGCGUGAACCCUGAUGCCUCCUUGGCUGACCUGGGCCUGGACUCCUUGAUGGGUGUCGAGGUUCGCCAAACUCUGGAGCGCGACUACGACAUCGUCAUGAGCAUGAGGGAGAUUCGCCAGAUCACCAUUAACAAGCUGCGAGAGAUGGCCAACAGCAAGCCAGGCGGAUCAAAUGAAUCUCACCAGGCUACGGCUAAGAGAGAUGGCGUUCACUCUCUGUUGGAAUCUGAUCUGACCCAGAUAUUAGUCAACCCCAACAGCCCCACUGUGACGCCACUCAACAAGGUUCAGAACCAGGAGAGGCCAUUGUUUCUGGUUCAUCCCAUUGAGGGCUCCAUUACAGCCUUUAAGACGCUCGCUUUCAAGCUUAGCAUGCCUUGCUAUGGCCUGCAGUGCACCAAAGCUGCUCCUCUGGACAGCAUCCAGUCCCUGGCAGCCUACUAUGUGAACUGCAUCAGACAGGUUCAGCCAGACGGGCCUUAUCGAAUCGCCGGCUACUCCUUUGGUGCCUGUGUGGCAUUCGAAAUGUGCUCCCAGCUUCAGACCCAGAAUCGCCCUGUGGAGUACCUCUUUCUGUUUGAUGGAUCGCACUCCUAUGUGGCAGCAUACACGCAGAGCUACAGAGCCAAGUUGACACCAGGCAAAGAGUCUGAGGCUGAAACUGAAGCCCUGUGUGCCUUCAUCCAGCAGUUUACUGGCAUUGCGUACAACAAGCUUCUGGAGACUCUUCUCCCACUGUCAGACCUGGAGGCCCGGGUCAACACCGCGGUGGACCUGAUCACCUCCAGCCACAAGAACAUCAGCCGAGACCUGCUGCACUUCGCGGCCACCACCUUCUACUACAAGCUGAAGGCUGCUGACGGCUACGUGCCCGGGACAAAAUACCACGGCAAUGUGACGCUACUGCGCGCCAAAACCAGCAGUGAAUACGAACAAAACUUGGGAGCUGACUACAAGCUCAGCGAGGUAUGUGAUGGCAAGGUGUCGGUCCACAUCAUUGAGGGAGACCACCGCACCUUCCUGGAAGGAGAGGGGGUCGAGAGCAUCAGCAGCAUCAUCCACAGCUCACUGGCUGAGCCACGGGUUACAGCGAGGGAGGGCUAGACACGCCCAACCCAACUCCACCUUCACACUAAUUCCACAACAUUCCCCAAGUGGGUCUCUUUCUCCAAUUAGUUCAUGAUGUGUAAGUUUAACUUUGUUAGAUCCAGUGAGACUAAUAUCCAGCAUGUUUACGUUCUGUGCCAUUUGGCUUCUAAAAUCCUUAAUGCACCUUACUACUCCCCUUCAAAUCGUAUUGGUCAAUUCAAGCAAGGGACACGCUUUCUAACCUAUCAGAGCUCUUAGCUGGCAUCUUCUGAUUUGG